AUGACCUCGUUACCCAUUCGACCUAUAGUUCAAAAUCAAGCUGAAGCCAAAGAAGAUGUGCCAGACUUGUCCUACAUUUCACAGCCUAUUGGUGAUCUAUUUGGUUCGUUGCCUACAGAUCCCUCUAGUUAUACUCAGUAUCAAUUAGAUGCCGAACAAAUUCAAUUCUAUAAAGAAAACGGUUAUUUAAUAAACAUCAAAGUGUUGAGUGAAGAACAGUGUGAUCGUAUAUUAGAAGAUUAUAAAAAGUUCUUAUUAUGGGACCAAAAUGAUAUAACGACACAAGCAGGAUCUAUGAAUGAUGCACAUCGAAUCUCACAUCCAGGUAUGCAUCUAUUUCAUGAAUUUCAUUCAAACCAAACAAACGAUCCGGACAAUGUUUUAUCACAUAUGCUGGGUCAUUGGCGUAUAACACCAUUGUUUCAUGAUCUCGUAUUUCAUCCAGCAAUUACUGUACCAUCGUCACAAUUAUUGGCCUCAGCUAAUUCCGAUGGACGUUCUAUGGUACCUGUCCAAUUUUGGCAUGAUCAACUAUUCGCGAAACCACCUCAUCAUGGUGCAAAUGUUGCGUGGCAUCAAGAUUACAGUUAUUGGACACGAACAAUACCUAUGAAUCAUAUGACUGUUCAUAUUGCGCUAGACGAACAAACAUUGGAAAACGGUACAUUACAUUUCAUACCCAAAUCACAUAAAUGGACAAGAGAUAAUGGUCAUCCAUUACCGGUAACAGAUUUUGAUUUCAAAGACAUGGAAAGUAUAAAAACAAUAUUGACAGCCGAAGAAAAAGAGCAAUUUAAACCCGUUCCAAGUCUAUUGAAAAAAGGCUAUGCAUCGUUCCAUCAUCCAUUAAUGGUACACGGUAGCUAUCCCAAUCGCACAAGUCUACCUAGGCGAGCGGCAGUUGUGAACUAUUUUGGACAAGGCACAAAAAGUAACACGGAUGAACCGUUGCUUUUAAACGUUCCUGUUAUUAAAAAAGGUGAACUUAUUACCGGUCGAUUCUUUCCUCUCGUUUUUGAUCCAGCAUGGUUGGAAGCAAAAUAA